GCAAGAGCUGCUCUCAUCGGAACUCUACAUGGUGCCAGCAGGCGCCUCGAUCACGGCGCUGCUGCAGCUGGAGGAGGCCGCCCUGCUGCGGCUGGUGGCGGAGCCCGCCGACAUCUUGGCACCCAGGCUCUUGGUGGAGCUGCAGCAAGGCUCCAGCACGAUCUCCUCGAACAGUGCCACGGGCGCCGGUUUCGUCUCGGAGCUCCAAGCAGGCAUCUAUCAGAUGGUCUUCCGCAGUACCGACCAGGCAGCUGCUGAUGCGAUCCCCUUCUUCGUGACCUGGGGUCUUGCUCGCUCCGGCGCUGGAAACGUGCUUGGCAACGCGGUGUGCGAUGGUGUGGCAAGGAUGAUGGACCUUGGGGCCGACAGCAAGUCCGGUGGAUCCAGCUGGCAGUGGAAGCGGCAACUGAACCUCCGAGCGCUGCCCAGUUCGCUGAAGUUGCCCUUGCUCGUGCCACGGCCAUCGGUGGCCACCAUUGGGAGUUGGUCUUCCUUCGUGCACCACUACGUUCGUGUGGCGCUGGUCACCGAAGAGGGCUUGUGGGUGGGGGAACAGCGCGGCAGGCGGAGCUCUUUGGAGAUCGAGCUGCCUGCAGGGAAUUACCAGAUGAUCCUCGAGGAAAUGAUGCCCUUGUCACCGGCACCGGCGGGGUGUAUGGCGAUGGGUGUGGCGGUCUCGCUGGUUCCCUUCUCCGUGAUUGAGAGACCGGCCACCACUGGAGCAACGCCGUCACUGCCCUCCGCGCCCUCCUUCCUGGGCGCGGCCCUGGGCCUCGGCGCUGCGUGCGAUGCGCUGGGAGCAAAGCCACUGCCGCUGGACGCGAUCAGCUCGACGGGUGGCUCCGCGGUCUAUGGUGGUCCGGUGGACGAUGGACGGCUGCUGAUGCGCGAGCGCGUGAUGCUGACGGACAUCCACGAUGGCCGCAAGAAGGUCUUCCUGCGCUUGCCCGCCGCCGCCAUGCUCAGGGUGGCCGUCGUGUCGGGAGAUGCAGAGGCGACUGAGGUGGUCCUUGAGGAUGGCAACCACCAGCCCAUCGCGCCGGCUGAGUCACACAUCAUGGGCGUGGGCCAAGCCGCCAGCUACAUCUUAGAGGCUGGAGGGGCUUUGUGGCUCUCCUUUCAUCGGGAGCAUCGGGUGGCCGCCAGCGCAGGCUGCGCGUCCUUCGACCUCCUCGUGCAGUCCGCGCCCAUGCAGGACCUCGUUGCCAUGUCCUCCUGCGGCAGCGAUCGCCGCGAGCUGCGCGACCUCGUGGAGCAGCUCCACGCCGUCGGCGACAGCGCCGUGGCCUCCGCCGAGGGCCGCGUCGUCGUGGGCGGCGGCGCCGCGGCGACGCUGGCGCUGCAACUGGCGGAGGAGACGCUGGUGGAGGUGGAGGUGCAAUUCAACUUCCUGCUCUCCAAUGUUCACCUGUGGCUACAGACGCCCGGCGCUGGCCGCUCCCGUGCGGUGCGCGCCCCCCGCGUGCGUGCGCUGGGUCUGGCCUCGGCGGUGCGGAACGCGCGAGCAGUGCUGCGGCUGCGGCUCCAUCCAGGCGAACAUGUGGUGAACUUCCGCCAUGACCCCGCCUUUCCGAAAGAUGCCGGGCCGAUCAAGCUGGUGGUUGCCGGCGGGCAAUGCGCUCCACUCGCAUUGAAGCUGCGCCGGCUGCGGCUGCCCAACGCGCGACCGGUGGCCACAGCCCCCAUGGCCCCAUUGGCGGCUGGCAGCGACCUGGUGCUCCGCUUUGCCCUGGGCCACUCCACCAGCCGCGACGGCACCGAAGAGGCCCUAGACGCCGAGCUGGGCACAGCGCAGUUCCCAGUGCGGCCGAAAGCGUCCUCUGCGGUGGGAGGCAACGGUGGCUUCGUCACCGUGGCGUGGCCUUCAGAUGUCCUGGAGCAAGUGAGCCAAAACAGCGGUGCCGGACACCCGGUGCAGGUGCAAGAUGGUGCCAGCCGCAUCUGGGCACUUCCGCUGCAUUUCUCCGGAGGCAACGGCGAGAUCUGGGUGGCGCUGUACCGUGGAAAGUCCGGCAAGCCUUGGGCUGGUGGGACGGCGCCUCCGGUGUCAGCCCCCCCCGGUGCUUUGGCCAGCAGACGACCGGGAAAAGGCUGCAACAGCGUUGGUGGGGCUGGGCCAGACCAUGCCUUCAACCCCGCAGCUGGCGGUGUCCGCGCCAGCCCCCGCGGCCGGCUUCGUCUCCACACGGAUGCUCUCGUGGUUCGUGGUGCUCGGACUCAUCGUCUUCUACUACUUGCACUCCCGGCCCUGGCAGCUGUUGGCGCUGAUGCGCCGGGUGCAGGAGCUGGGCCUCUUCACGCGCUCCGAGCACGUGGGCGGCUUCGCGAGCUUCGAGGCCUCCUCUGAGAUGACCAACCCUUGGUCGUGGCCUGCAGGGACACCUUCUGUGAUCGGCACUUCAGGUGCCACAGCGCGCCCGGCGCGGAUGUACGGCACGUUGGACUACUGAUCCCUGUCGAAGAAGGAGGAUGCGGGCAUGCAGCAGCGUCCCGCCGCAUGCCGCAUGCCGAGCUGAGUUGCCCACAAGCAAAGUCGGUGAGCGUGACUUAUGGAUCAACCU